AUGCGAACUUCAAAAAGGGGAGUAAACAGACAGACCUCGAAACUUUCCACCGAGAAGAUCGAACAAAAGGCGAAAUCAGAGUCAGCGCGAAUCCCUCGCGGCACAGCAGUUGAAAUCUGCAAGGAAGGAUCUUUUGGAGCCGGACAUUACCCGGGAGGGAUCUUCUGGUCCCAAAAUCCCUGGUCCACCCCUGGUCCGCACAAUUGCAAUAAAACUCCCCUCACGUGCCAAACACGUGUCACGCUCCAACGUCCAAAAGCCAAACGCCCUAGUCUUGCGAUUUCCUUCUCCAGCGUCGAAGCCCUAGCCUCCUCCGCAGCCAAAGCCCUCGUCGCCUGCGGCCUCCCUCCGAAGCCGUCUCCCUCCCGCGACCUCCCUCCAGCUCCGCCUCCCUCCCUCCGACCUCCAGCGCCGCCUCCCUCCCUUCGAUCUCCAUCGCCGCCUCCUCCCAGCGUCGGGGACCUCCAGCGCCGCCUCGUUGCCUGCGGCCUCCCGUCCUCCACCUCCUGCCGACCUCCAGCGCCGCCUCCUGUUUUGUUUCUAGCAAACCUAUUUUGGUAUUCUCCAACGACCUGCCCUAGCCUCCCUCCAGCUACCUCCACCGUCUCCACUCUGAAGGCGCGGGCUCUCGCGCCCUAUCUGUCACUGAAAUCAAUGUUCGUUUGCGACCUGUGGAUCCUUCUUUGAAUUGUUCUGCAGCAGAUGUCGAAGAAGAGGAGUGGGCUAGGAUUUACCUUUGUUUUCUUUGCUAAAGAUUUGUUUUUGACGGUGGGGGUAGAUUAAUUACUCUUUCUUGGUAAAGUCUUUAGAAUUCUUAUGAGAUUCGAUAUCCUUGUAAAAUAUUAAAAAUAUUGUUAUUUAGUUUGUUUGUACGAGUAGAUGUUUCCGAUUUAAUUGCUACAAAUUACGACAUUUCCAUAA